AUGGCGGACGUGCUGGCUAUCCCUGGGGUGCCGAAGCCAUGGAUGGCCCAUCCGAAGGAGUACUCUCAUGCGUCGCGCGAUUUUAUAUCCGCUUACUCGUCGGGCUUCCUUGGGAGUUCAAAUAAUUUUGAUAAACAGCUUUCCUCUUCCCCCACCGAUUGGUAUUCAGUCUUCUACCCCUCCACCUCAGAUUCCCCUUUGGACUUCCAUUUGCUGCAUCACCCUUCCCCAACAUUCCAAACACAACGGCGUCCUCGAAAGCCUGCUAGAGCCAUGAUGAACCGACAUCGUUUGUCGGGACAUCCCAUGCCUAUUAUGGAGGACCGGCGGCACUACGUGCCCCUCCGAGUGGAAGAUCUUCGCGCGGCGUAUUCGCAGAGCGUGUCUCCAUUCACAACACGCCUUGGCAUCAACAGCGCUCUUUCAAGCAACGGAAGCACUUAUUGUGAAUCUGAUCUUGAGUCGCUUGAGCACUUUGACGAGCCUUUCACCACUCGCGUCGCGGAAACACACGCUGGGCUUGUUCAUCCAACACCACGGAGCAACAUGUUCACGGUGGCGAGCAAUUCAUUCCUUUUAGACUCUGAGGAAAUGCCUUCUCUUUCAUCCUUUGGCGUGUCAGAUGUCCCACGGGAUGAGCAGGCCUUUUCCGACACUUCUCAGUUCAAUGUUCCGAACCCAAACCCUAACCACGCUAUGGGCACACACCUCAACCCUCCCUCACACAACCCACAUCUCGCGGCACCCAUCAGCCCUCCGCAUACAAAGCCUGUGGAUUUUGGCGGGGAUAACCCAUGGUCUGCCUGUCAAUCAGCCAACACGACUGAUAUCUGGUAUCCUACUCGUUACCCCACCGGCUCAUCAGAAGACAGCGGCUGGCACAACCACAAUGGUUACAUUGCACCUUGGCCCGUCUCCAAUGCAUUCAACUACCCAAACGAAUGCAAUCCACCUAUGAGCCAUGUCUAUGAGCCUAGCAAUGGACUACCCAUGCCCUUCUUCGGACCUCUGCCUUCGGUCCCACCCGGGCCCUCAGGUCCCAUGAGCCACAUUUCCCAUUUGCCAGCUUCUGGAACCUACGAGCCAUCCAUUGUGGCACCUCAGUAUGAACCCACUCUGCACCCAAUGUACGUUGCAAGCUCGCAGCCACUUUCCUCCGACACAGAAUUUGGUUCCCCGGACCAGAAACACACAAGUAGCCCCAGUCCAUCCAUCUCCACCUCGACCAACGAAGAGGAGCGAUCCCCACAACAGAGCGGAGAAGAACAGGGCGGCAUUGAAGCUGGCGUGCAUUACAGCGACGAGCGGAACACAUUCCUCAUCAACUGCAAGCGCCGCGGGCUAUCAUACAAGGAUAUCAAGCGAGUUGGUGGGUUCAAGGAGGCGGAGUCUACACUACGAGGUCGAUACCGCACUCUCACCAAGUCGAAAGACCAGCGAGUGCGAAAGCCCAAAUGGCAAGAUAAGGAUAUCCGACUCCUUUGCCAAGCCGUCACCAUUCACUCUGAAAGCCACGACGCUUACAGCUCGUUGCCCAAUGCCAGCAUGAAUAUGAACGAGCCGCCGAAGGUAUCGUGGAAGAAGGUUGCCGAACAUAUUUGGGCGAAUGGGGGAUCUUACCAUUUCGGCAAUGCUACGUGCAAGAAGAAGUGGUGCGAGAUUCACAACAUCACCAUUUGA